GCAUCCGAAGACGUCUCAGUGACAGUGAAAAUGUCGUCAAAAGUGUCAAUUUUCGUGUUAAUGGCUCUAUUGAGCUGUUUAGAUAGUAUUUGGUGUGCUCCUCAGCCUAGUUUAGAGAAUAUUUUGGUCGAUAAUGAUCCGAACCAUCAUCAUGAAGAAGCCGAAGCUGUAAAAAUGAUCCCAGAUGAUCUACUGAGGGAGAAACGAUCGCCUACACCCUGGGGUGGUAGAGGAGGAGGUGGAGGGUUUGGAGGUGGCGGCGGUUUCGGUGGAGGUGGAGGUGCUGGCGGUGGAUUUGGAGGCGGUGGAGGAUUUGGUGGAGGCGGAGGAUUUGGAGGAGGUGGAGGACGUGGUGGAGGACAUAGAGGACACUGUGGACAAUGUGGAAAAUAAUAGAAAUUAAUUAAAACAACUCGAAAAUGUAUUAUUUUAAAUUUUAUAUAAAUUAUUUAUAUUAUGUAUGACUACAUUUUUUCACCUAUUGUUUUUAAUAAAAUGUAUUUCUGAAGUACUUAUUAACUUG